AUGUCUGGCAGAAGAUUGAGGGGUUUAUUCCACUUAGCCUUGAGGAGGCCGGAGUUUUACUUGGGCAAAAAAUGUGCCUACGUGUACAAAGCAAAAAACAAUACAGUGACUCCUGGAGGCAAGCCCAACAGAACCAGGGUGAUCUGGGGGAAGGUGACCCGCGCCCACGGGAACAGCGGCAUGGUGCGAGCAAAGUUCCGGUCCAACUUGCCUGCCAAAGCCAUUGGACACAGGAUCAGAGUGAUGCUGUAUCCAUCUAGAGUUUAAACGUGGGCAGAAAAUAAAGUUUACAGAAUAUUA